AUGGAUAUAGGCACUCCUCUCCCAUUACUGCCUCACGCAAGAAUGAUUACGCCGAUUACAGCAGAUCGGUCAUUCUAUAUGACGCCGGUGACGUCCUUUAUGAGAUCUGCGCCGACGCCAGCGAUCUUCGCGUCUGGAGGUGCUAGGACUGACUAUCCAGAAUCUAUCAUUCAAGAUGAUAUUGAAGAAGAAAUUAGCGACAUUAAUGAAUCGUUUGAUCGAUUUGCCGAGCCUACUAGUAAUCUUAAACGGGAAGUAGACGAUGAAGAGUUGGAUAAUAUAAUCUGUAGUGUUGUCUUACAUUACGAGAAGAUCUCUGACCGAUGGUUUAAGUUAUACCAGGAAGAAGGGAAGGGGUUCUUUGGAACGAAUAUGCGAGUAACAAAACUAUGGGAAUCCGAGAGGAACACUUGGAAAUUGAUUCGGCUGUUAAAAAUGAUUCGAGAUAGAUCAGAUCAACAACUCGAUUUAAAUGACCUGGAGCGAGAAUAUGCGAGCGACGCAGAGUUGUUCAAAGAACUUUUAGUCACAGAACCAGAAUUUGCCGAGGCAUACAUUGUAAGGCUAUGGUUACAGGAAAUAGCACCUGAGUUUGAACCAGUGGAAGUAACACCUAAUUACCUACCUAAUACGCUAGAACAAGCACAACAAAGUAGUGGUCCCUUGGAACUUGAUCCUGAUGGACCUAUACGUCUUAGCCAACCGCUAGCAGAUCCUGAUGAUGAAUAUGAUCGAGCACUAGUGAAAUCUGUAUUUGAAUACAUUAGAAGAGGUCAAGGACACUUUGCCUCGGAUUUGUGUGAGAAAAGUGGACAUUAUUGGCGAGCUGCUAGUAUAGGAGGAUGUAAUUUAUAUGAUGAUUCUAUUACAGAGAACGACUUACAGGCUAUGGAUAGCGUUGAUAGCGAAGUUGAUGGAUUUGACGUGCUUCCUAACGAGGAUGAAAGGAAGAUCGGCGCUGUCAAUAGAUCUCUAUGGCGUUCAGUCUGUUUCAAGCUUGCAGCUGAUAAUAGACUCGACCACUAUGAGAGAGCUGCUUACGGCGCGCUUUGUGGUGACUUGGACAAUACUAUGAGAGUGUGCAAUACGUGGGAAGAUUAUGUAUGGGUGUUUUAUAAUGCGAUUGUUGAAGAUAAACUAGAACAGCACUUGAGAUCUGCUCGUAAGAAUGUUCAAGAAAUAGAUGAUGAACCUCUUGAUACCAAUGGAGAUACUCAGAAAAUACAUGAACCGUCUGUCAUAUUUCCUUUGAUCGAGAACUUAUUUACCAAAAUCCAGUCUUUGUCGACUAUACGUGAUCCUGACCAGGUCACAUUCCAAGAAGUACAAAAACUGUUAAUACUCAAUAAAAGCAAAGACGCAGUUGAAUACUUAUGUAACGAACUAGAGGAACUUAAGAAGAAAGAAGAUCCUCUUAAAUUCCAACAUCUAUUGCGCUUUACCACGCAUUACGUACUAUAUUUGAAGAAACUUAGAGCCGAUGCCGAUAAAGAGCAGACGAAACUCAUACUAAAGGAUUACGUCAAAUUCCUAAUCACGCUUCAAAGAAAUGAUAUAAUCGCGUUAUAUACUUCAAUGAUAGAUGAUGAGAGCGAAAUAAUUGAUUUAUAUGCAUAUUUCCUAUCAAGAUUCAAUGCCGAUGUUGAGAGAUACGUCAGAGUCCGCUACCUCAGUUUAUUGACCGAACCAUACGGUUUACCAAUGACUCGAAUAGCAAGAAGAACAGUACAAAUGAUAUUUGAAGAAGCACAGGCAAAGGAAGAAAUGCCCCAAGUGGAACAAGUUCAUUUAUCUGAACUUGGUGAACCAAUCACGCCAGACGACCACUUCCUAAUAGUAUCACUUGACUGGCUCACUGUUGAACCUGAACAACUAAUGGAAGGAAUGAUAUUUGCCAAUGCGUUAUGUAGGCGGUUCCUGCUCUUUGGAAGGCUCAAUGCUUUCAAAGAACUCAUGCGAUUUCUCCAAAAGCAUCCUCAAUAUAGUCCUAUGGUGAUGGCGUCGGAGAGCCAGUUACAAGAGCGCACACCGUAUUAUGAAUUUGCGGGAUAUAGCAGUCUACUGGAGUUCUUCGAAGCAUAUGACAAGUGGUAUGACACAUGGACACGCAGGCCAACUACAGGGCAGAGCUAUCAACAGGAAGCAGGGGAAUGGAAAUUGACUAUUGAGCACGAGACAGCAGAGGUAGAGAAAUACUUUAGGAGGAUAAUGUACUCUGUAUGGGGACAGAAGAACCCACAGAAAACUCUAACGGAUGUGAUAGACAGCAUGGAAACGGGCAAAGAGAAUGAAUUAAAUGAUGUCCGAUAUAUUUAUAUUCCUGAACUUGUAAUCAGAAUGCAUAACGUGCUAUACGAGACUCGACAAAUUACGGGAGGGAAUCUCGCAAAAAGUCUCAAUCUCGCGAACGUUGUUGCUGACGCAGAGCUCAAGUUCUACGAACAUUUCCAAGCGUCAAAGAAGAUGACUCUACUUUUAACUCUCAUCAGAGAUAGUUCUCUUGCGCUGAUCGAAGACAAUGGGAAAGCAUUUGCUUAA